AUGUUCUUGUUCGACGCUCUCGUCUUUCUCAUAGCGAUCACUCUCUCCAUCGGCAUCUCGGUGCUCAUCUCACAACCCUUCAACGGUGCCAUCGUCCGGCUCCGAGCCAACUACCUUCCCAAAGCAGUCAGCCUUGACAAUGUCCUCGAAGAUGGUGCUGGGUCGACAAGUGGACCGCGUGCGCUCUCUUCGUUUCUCCUCUCGGAACGCAGGUCGACAGCAAAGAUUGGACCCGUCGUCACUGGUGUCUUCUCCAUGAUGCUCCGAACAAAGCGCCUGGAGGGCUGGGCUGGCAUCUACAAGGGCUCUAUCCCGGUCGCCAUCCAGAUCUUCACGCUCAGCUCGCUCACCUUCAUCUUCUUCUCUGGCGCUUCGGGAAGCUCGCCAGGUAGCGCUUACAAGGCCGGUCCAGCGGGUCCAGGCCAGUUCAGCUUCUUUGCCAACCUGUUCUACAUGCUCUUCGUGUCGAUCGCCGCGCUUCCGCUCAACGUCAUCACCUACCGCACCAUCGUCCACCCUCGCAUCCUGCCGCUCAACAACGCGCGCGAGAACCUCCGUGAGCUCCUGUCGUACACCGAGUUCAGCCAGCCUUGGCGUCUCUACCUCUUACCCGGUCUGCUCGCCGCCAAUGUGGCGCACGUCAUGUGGAUCGGUCUCGCCACGCGCAUCGUUCGUCAGCUCACCGUGCCUUCGCUCGGCGGUCUCGGUGGCGCUGCACCUGCUGGUCCCGGCGACGCUACCUACUCUGGCCCGAACUCGAACAUGCUCGAGAUCAGCCCGGUCGGUCUGCCCAUCUUCAUCCUGUGGAAUGUGAUCAGCGUCAUCGUCCUUGCACCGCUCGAGUGCGCCAUGGUGCGACUGUCGACCCAACGACCCGAAAAGCAGAACCCGCUGCACCGAGCGUACGCCCGCGUGCCUGCCAACGGCAACGGUGCCCCGUCUCCCUACUCGCAUCAGGCCACCGCCGCUGCCCAAGCUCAGCCAGGAGGCGCCUAUCGCGACGCGGAUACGCGCAAGUCGACCGAUGGCGCCUCGGACAAGCCUCUUCCCUCCUCUCCCGACCUGCCUGGCCGCGCAUCCUUCGCAAUUGGCGAGGAGGACGACGAAGACGGAGAUGUGGGCGCGACCAAACCCGCCUCCACCAACGGCAAAUCAGCUCGCGUUCUCGGCCAGACCACCCCUGAUUCCGCCCCAGCGCCGUCAAACUUCCCCUCGCAACCAACGUUCAGCGGCGGCGAACCCCCGGAACCCGUCAUCGCCCUGCGACCCAUCGAGGAGCAAACGGCCCAAGAAGCCGCCGCAGAGUUUGGCGCCCCCGUCGUCAAGCGGUAUGAAGGACUCGUGGAUUGCUUCAACAAGAUGGUCGAUGAGGAGGGCAUCGAGAGUCUGGGUAGGGGCGCGUGGGUUACGCUCAUUGCCAUGUUUGCUGGGUCGUUCAGCUGA